UUUUCUAAACCUUAGUCCACCUUCCUCCUGGCGAUCCUGUAGGAACCCGACAGACACCAGUUCUCACUCGAGACGCAGAGACUGCUAGCAGGAUGUCUGGCUCUACCCACGAAGAAGAGGAGUUGCCUGCCAAUCACACAGGUCCAAAAGGUGUAAUCAAUGACUGGAGGAGGUUUAAGUUGGACAGCGUGGAUCAGACCGUCCCCCAAAACAAGAGAGAGCUGCUCAGACAAAUGUCCAGUCCACGGGAGGACGACAAGGAGAGGCUCAACAGAAAGAUGAGUGUCCAGGAGUAUGAAAUGAUCCGAGAAGAGGACGAGCAUUGCCUGAAACGCUACAGGAAACAGUGCAUGCAGGACAUGCACGAGCGCCUGAGCUUCGGCCCCACGUUUGAAGAAGUUCACGAGCUCGAGACCGGAGACGCCUUCCUGGAAGUCAUCGAGAAGGAACACCGGCUGACCCUCGUGGUGGUCCACAUCUACCAGCACGGAAUCCAAGGCUGUGAACAGUUGAACUCGUGUCUGGACUGUCUGGCUUCAGAGUACUCCAGCAUUAACUUCUGUCGUAUUGAUGCUGUGGCGACAGGCGCUGCCGAGCGCUUCUCCCCCGAGGUUCUCCCCGCUCUGCUGGUCUACAAAGCUGGCGAGCUACUGGGGAAUUUCCUCGCUGUUACCAAACACUUCAACGAAGACUUCUUCGCGACGGACGUGGAGGGGUUUCUCAACGAAUACGGCCUGCUGCCUGAGAAGGACGCCACGGCGUGCGCUGACGAGGAGGACGAGGGAGGGGAUGUGGAAUAGAGACGGGGAGAGGGGGGGAGAAAUGCCGUAUCACUGUUAACAAACCAUUUACGUCGCAUGUGCAGUGAAACACAUGAGUAAACAUUCACCGGCACACACGCUGGACUGAAGAUUGUAUUUAGAAGCGGUUAGUUGCAAACCACUUGGUGGGAGGAAGUCUCUGCAGUCACAUCUCAGCUGUCCAAUAAAAGCUCUUAUUACCGAA